AUGGAGCCCCCACCACCCCGAUUGAUCCACUUGUUUGCUCAUGCUCCUAUGCAGCCCGACGUGCAGAUGCAUCAUGCUCGCCGUGGCCUCGGUGUUGCGGAAGGUUUGAACGAGAGCUUCAGUGGAGUUCUUGAGCAAGUAGAAGGUUCUGUUCGUUUGACGAAGCGCAAGUUUGAAGAACUGGGAGACAUCAUCAAGUGUCUUGAGAAUCAAAUCGAUGCUGCGAAGCAGCUUUUGGCCAACAAUGCGGUCCUGAUUGAUGGUUUUGAGCAAAACGAUGUCGAUCACAACUAA